AUGAUUGGUGAUCAAAGCCCUGGCAGUCCUUUAGACCUUAGCGAUCGAGAACAAGCUGUUCUGAUGGAUCCUAUAGAUUAUGACCGAUGUAGAUACCCUUAUUGCAUCGUUUGGACCCCCAUUCCUGUUUUAACGUGGAUAUUUCCAUUUCUUGGUCAUAUGGGCAUCUGUACUUCAAAUGGAGUCAUUAGAGAUUUUGCAGGGCCAUAUUUCGUGUCAGAGGAUCUAAUGGCAUUUGGUAAUCCCACAAAGUAUUGGCAGCUGUCUCCCCAAAAAGCUACAAAUGGACAAGCUGGUUGGGAUGCAGCGGUGGCUGAAGCAUCUGAGAUUUACAAGAAAAGGAUGCAUAUAAUAUUCUAUGACAAUUGCCACUCCCAUGUGGCUACCGCACUCAACAUCAUGAACUAUGGGGGUUGUAAAAACUGGAAUAUGGUUAAAUUGGCCUUCUACAUGAUACCAUACUCAAAGUAUGUCAGCUUUGGGGCAUUUCUGAAGACGUGGUUACCGUUUUUCAUCAUUGUCGCCUUUAUAUGUGGUUUGGCUGCAAUUAUUUAA